AUGGAUGAACAGAUAAUGAGACAGAUCUUGAAUGGAUUAAGCACUUCAACAAACAUACUGAAAGUAGGAAAUCAACAAAUCGAGAACUUUAUCAAGGCGCAUAUCACUCAUAUUAUCAAAACCGAGUUCUUUCAAGCCUUUAAAGCUGCAUAUAUCGAAGCAAUAUCUAUAUCAAAUAUUACAGCUUUAGCUAAGAGUAUAAAGCUUUUAGCUUAUGCGAAUACGCUUUUAGCUGCUGAGGUUCAUAAUCUCUGCAAAGCAAAUGAAGCACUUAGUAAACACUGGAGAGCUAGAAAAGCUUUAAUACGAAAAGGAGGAGUACUUUCAAUAGAAGAUGGAUAUAAUAUAUUAGAACAAAAGAAUAUAGAAGAUCAGAUACGAUGCGAUGAAUUUACAAAUGAUGAUUCUUCAGCAAGGAGGCAAGCUACUAUACAACGAUGUAGCAAAUAUGGUAGUGCUUCACAUAAUGCACGAACUUAUCAAUUAGAUCCAGCAUUAAUUGGUCUUUGA